UACUUCCGCUUGGAGUAAGAAAGUAGUACUGGUGUGGUAUUGGAAAGCCUAUUCUGCGCUGGGCUGCUGAGACGUCUUCCACUGACAAGCCCAGACUGUGAUUGCCAGGGACUGCACAAGGAGUUGAGAGGACGUGUUGUUUUCUCAGGUUGAUGUCCAGCUGCCUCCCCACAGUUUGAAAGCAAGCUUAGACUCUGCUGCUGGUGAUUGGGUCCAGAUGUGAACAGAUACAUCUAUGAGAAGGUCACACUGGGUAUGAGGGACAGAAGCACUUAGUAAUGAGUUAUGGAAAACUUGGUGGCUGGCUCCAACCUUCCUCCGCUUUUUACAGAUGAAGAAAUAUCUAAGGAAGGUAGUGAAAUUACUGCAACUGGAUUAGCUCAUUCUGAAACUUCAUUCAGUGGUGGAACUUCACAAUCUGUGAAUAACCCAGAUUUGGUGGAGGAUUUGUCACAGGUUCAGCAGCUGCAAAAUGAGUCCUCCAAUACUGCUGAAAACACUGAGCAGAAGCCUGAGGAGGAGCAGCAAAGAACUAAACGAGGAGGCUGGGCCAAAGGGAGAAAGAGGAAGAAACCUCUUAGGGACACCAAUGCCCCCAAAUCCCCCCUCACAGGGUAUGUGCGAUUCAUGAAUGAGCGUAGGGAGCAGCUUCGAGCGAAGAGGCCUGAAGUCCCUUUCCCAGAGAUCACCAGGAUGCUGGGCAAUGAAUGGAGUAAACUGCCUCCUGAGGAGAAACGGCGUUACCUUGAUGAAGCAGAUAGAGAUAAGGAGCGUUAUAUGCGGGAGCUGGAGCAGUAUCAGAAGACUGAAGCCUACAAAGUCUUUAGCAGGAAAGCACAGGACAGACAAAAAGGCAAAUCACACAGGCAAGAUGGAGCAAGACAGCCAGCCCAUGAUCAUGAGAAAGAAGCAGAUACCAAGGAGAGAUCUGUCUUUGAUAUUCCAAUCUUCACAGAAGAAUUCCUGAAUCAUAGUAAAGCACGUGAAGCUGAACUGCGGCAGCUUCGUAAAUCCAACAUGGAGUUUGAGGAGAGGAAUGCUGCCUUGCAGAAGCAUGUUGAGAGCAUGCGUACUGCUGUGGAGAAACUGGAGGUGGACGUGAUACAAGAGCGGAGCCGCAACACAGUGCUGCAACAGCAUCUAGAGACCUUACGCCAAGCACUCACAACCAGCUUUGCUGCAGUCCCGCUACCAGGUAGCGGGGAAACACCCACGAUGGAAACUAUUGAUGCCUACAUGAAUAGGCUGCACGGUAUUAUUAUGGCUAACCCACAGGAGAAUGAGAACCUCAUAGCCACAGUGAGAGAUGUGGUAACCAGACUUGAACGCUAAUGACUGGGUCUUGUGACCCAGGGAUGCUUUAUGAAAUUUUUUUGGCCAGUGUGGAAUAAGAAGCCAUGAGGGAAAGACUAGGGAUAUGAGGCAGAAUUGCAGGUUUGUCCUGGUCUCUGCCUUUGUGGUUUGUCAGUGAGGCAGAUGAAUCAAUGCGUUAGAAGGUCUUAAGAAGCCACUGACACCACCCAGUAAACAUUUGGAACUGUCCUCUGUGUAAACAUUUAAGAGCAUGCAACUUUGGUGCAAUCUUCAGUUUCUUAAUAAUUUUGCUGGGUGUGAGGAUGCAUUUGUUCUGUGGACUGGCUGACUAUGGAGGUGAAAUCUUGGAGUUGGUGAAAUGAAGUCAGCCUACAUGUUGUAAUAAUAACUUUAAUGUGUUAUGUUACCUAAUGUCUUCUGGUGUCUUUUAUUUUGGUUUCAUGUUUAUCUUGUGGGAUUACCUUUUUCCACUUUAGUUUCCUUCUUCUGAUCUUGUUAUCUGAUACUUGCAGUACUGGAUAGCAGCGCUUGUGUUCUCUGCUAUAAUAGGCAGUCUUGGUGCACUGUCUUGUCUGACCCUGUCUGCUAUGUUUAUACAAGCUUUUCUUAAGCAAAAUCCUGUUGGGUUUUUUUGUGUUAUCCUGCAACUUCUUCAAUGUGAGUUUACUCCUUGCUAGAGUCUGGCUGUGGUUGAUGCUUUGUGACUUGGUUCUGCUAUGAGACAGACUUCACCUCUCCUCCCUCUUCAAGCAUCUGUCUUGCAGCUAGCAUCCUACUCUUCUUUGAAGAUCUCCUGUUAACUCUUGAAAAUAUUUGGUGGAGCAUGUUACUACCACAAAGGUCAGUGGUAUUCAAGAUAGAAAGUGAAUUGUUAUAUCUUCUCAGCAGGGAAGACAGGAAUCUCCAUUUGAGACUAAAAGCACAAAGCUUGCCCUUUCUCUGAUACGUUGCUCAGUUCGAUUUAAUGUUACUGCCUUGUUUUUGAGAGUACAAUCUCAUGGUGAGUUGUAUUCUAUAAAAGAGACAUGGGCAGGGGAAUGGCACUUUUUUCCUGCCCUUCUGAGAUCACAAUGCUGAGAAGCAAUAUGCCUGGAAGCAGCAUAUGUAUUUUUGCAUGCAUUAUUAGAGCAGAGAAGGUUAUUAGCAACUAGGUCUGUAUAGCAAUCUGCAGAAUUCUACAUUACAGCCCAUAAGUGCUUUCACCUUUUGUACAGUUAAAAAAUACAGCCUGUGGAGCCUGUAGCAUUCAGCAUAUUAUGUUCCAGUGUGACCUCAAUGGCCUUUCACUUAUAUCAAGUAGAACUCUGCAUGUUAGAGUCUGUAAUCUUGCUGAGCAACACUGCACCUCCUGUCAGAGAUGAAGGCACUUACUGUCUGCACUAACUUAUGCAAAUCAUUUGCUGGCCUUUGGUUCCUAUCUAAUUGCUAAUUCAGACUUUGGUUGAGCACCUGUUGGACAACAUCCCUGGGCUUUAUGGUACUGAUUGAAAUGCUCUUUCUUUCACAUGACAAUCUCCUUGCUCCUCAAGAAAGUUUGAAGAUUUUCCUGCUGUAAAUUGGAGAUGGCUUUCAUUACUAGAGUGCGUUGCGUCCAACAUCACUUAAAUGUGUCUGUAAUGCAAGUAUUUGAAGAUUAAAAAGCAGUUUCUUCUUUUUCCACACUUUACAUAGGGGCUUCAUGCUUGCCUGAAGCCAUCUCCAGGUCAACACCUUGUAUGUCAGGUCUCUGCUUACUCAUGGGCUUGUGGCUGUAACCAAGCAGCAGAAUUUUCAUGUAAAUUCAAGUCUUCCUUCAGGGAGGAAACUCCUUUCUCUUGUGUUCAGUCUCAUUUUCAAGACUUCACAAACAGGAACCUCAAUUUCCUGCAUUAAUCUCUGCUUUCCUUAGCAUGUAUGAGGCCAACUGAUGUUGGCCUGAAUUUUUUUAGUGGAUUCUAUAACAAAUACUGUGUGAGGAGGGGAAAAAAUCCUACAGCUUAAUGAUGUCCACAGAAGUACCAAUACCUUCCGCUCCUGUGUGUACCUUGGUUUUCUUUUUUCUUACCUGGUGAUAUUUUACUUUUAUCUGAGUGGCCACAAUGCACUGCAUAGCCAAAAAUUGAUCUACAAAAUUCUAAAGUUCAGUUUAUGACAUCUUACCUAUUACCCCGAGUUGUAUGCCAUGAAGACUCCAGCAAGUGCUGUGUAAUAUGAUAGUAAGAUGCAAUUCCAGACUGUGACAUACACAUACUGUAAAUAAGGUACCGAAGACUGCAGGCUGCCCCUGCUUACAUAAAUUCAAUGCAGCUAUCUGGUCAUGGCGUAUUGCUUAAUACAUCACUCUGUUGAGUAGCAUGCAAGUAUUAUUGGAUUGGAAAUUUAAGUUGAUAUUUUUAUCUAGGGGCUGACAAAUCUCUUGUUUUUUCCCCCAAGGAAGGAGGGGAGGUAGUAUAUCUGUUGAAAAGCAUCUGGGGGAAGACUUAAGUUCUUACUUACCAGUGAUGUGAUAGAUGAUAUUUUGUCUCAUUAAGAAGUUUCUUAUUUAACCCUUUUGAUUAACCUAUAAAAAUGGAUUUUGUCUUUCCAGUGUUUUCUGAAUGUCACUUCAGUUUACAUUUUUCAGUGUUGGCUGAUUAAAAAAAAAAGUGAGAAAUGAAGUGAAUGUCAAGGAGAAGACCAAGAUAAAAUGCUUUUGUCACUUAAAAAAUGUUAAGAGAAAUAGAAGAAAACAAAAUUCGUUUGCUGGAUUAAUGUGUUUGGAAUUGUUGAGAUGCCAAGUUUUCUGUACAAUGUUUUUGUAAUUAAAAUUUGGAGUUCCUUUGUUUUUUAAGAAAUUGUUGUACUUGUUU